AUGUACAGCCUAAAUAGUUGGACCAGUGGAGUCGAGAGUUAUAUCGCGCCCGUGGAGCCGGCGGGCGCUGUUCUGGCGGAGGGUCACGCCCUGCCCAGCAUAGCGGCCACGUCGCCGGCGGACUGGGAGUGCAGGAGCGCGGCGCGGGCCGGCCUGGGCGGCGCGAGGCGUGGCAGCGCCAGCACCCCCGCAGAAGUGGACCCCAAAGGGCACCCCGUCACGAACUCGUGGCGCGUCGCCUCCGUGGGGCUGAUCCGCCGCUUAGGGUCCCAUCUGAGAACGAAAGCUGUAAUGAACGGCCAAGGAGGUACGGUAACACUAACAGAA